AUGAUCAUGAUCGCAGAGACUAUUUCUCUUGGAAUCCUCGCUCUCCCCAAGGCACUAUCGAUUUUGGGCCUUCUCCCAGGAGUUCUUGUUAUUAUCAUUGUUGGAAUUCUCACUUCGUAUACCGGAUUUACUAUUGGACAGCUGAAGAGGCGAUAUGUGCAAAUUCAUACCAUGGCUGAUGCUGGCGAGAUACUUUUUGGGGGCAUCGGUCGUACUACAUUGGGCACGGCACAGCUUACCUUCUUCGUAUUCGUCAUGGGAAGUCAUAUUCUUACAUUCUCCAUCAUGAUGAACGUCUUGACCGAUCACUCGGCCUGCACAAUGGCAUUUUCCUUCAGUGGCUUGAUAAUUUCUCUAGUUCUUACCCUCCCGAGGCGACUCGAGAACCUAUCACAACUCUCGUCAGUCAGCUUUGUUAGCAUAAUAGGAGCGGUUUUUACGAGUAUGGUUGGGGUCUCUUUGGCAAACCAGGCUCCGAAACAUGUUCCUCUAUUCUCACCAGCACCUACGGUACAUGAUGCCUGUCUUGCUGUUGCAAACAUCGUUUUUGCAUAUGCUGGACACGUCGCAUUUUUCACUCUCUUCUCGGAACUAAGAGAUAUCAACGACUAUCCCAAAGCUCUAGCAUUCUUACAAGCAAGUGAAAUGGUUCUAUAUACCGUGACAUCCAUCGUGAUAUAUGCCUUUGUUGGACCGACUAUCACGUCCCCAGCUCUCAAUUCCGCCGGACGACUGUUUAGAAAAAUAUCUUACGCGAUUGCAAUCCCGACGAUUGUGAUUGCAGGCGUCGUGAAUGCCCAUGUGGCUGUAAAAUUUCUUUAUGUUCGCAUUUUUCGGGGUACCAACGCAAUGCAUACAACAUCUUUCAUGGCAAGGUCUACGUGGGCUAUCGUAUGUGCUGCCCUCUGGGUCCUGUCAUGGAUGAUAGCAGAAAGCAUACCGGUUUUUAAUGAUAUUUUGGGCUUUGCGAGCUCUUUAUUUGCCAGCUGGUUCUCAUUUGGUCUUCCUGGUAUAUUUUGGUUGCAUAUGAACAAGCAUUACUGGUUCCACGGCUGGAAGCAGAAGAUCCUGUUCGGACUGAACGUUGGUAUUGUGGUGAUUGGUUUGGUUACUUGUGUAUUUGGCUUUUACUCGUCUAUUAAGUCAAUACACGAGAAUUUGGUUGACGGAGUUAGUGGAGGAAGCUUUUCGUGUGCGGAUAAUUCAUGAGCCUGCGACGGGAU